AUGGACUGGUCAGUGCACUAUCCCGAGAUGUACAAACUUGACGAGUAUUGCAAUCCACUUUGCAAAGUAGAAUUUGCCGACAUCGGCUGCGGCUUUGGCGGUCUUCUGAUGCGACUCGCACCGAUGUUUCCCGACAAACUGAUUCUCGGCAUGGAGAUAAGGACGCAGGUCACGCAGUACGUGCAUGACAAAAUUAAUGCACUGCGACUGGCGCACAAACAGGCCCUCUCUGCGCAAGGUACCAAUGACCAUGAGCCCACGAAACUCGUUGCAAGCGCUGCAGACAUUGACGAAGAUGCAGACGAAAAGCGGCAGAACGAGAAGCUGGUGCUUGAGGCCGGGCAUGUGAAUGGCGGAUACCAGAACAUUAGCGUGCUCCGCUCUAAUGCCAUGAAAUUCUUGCCCAACUUUUUCGAACGUGGCCAGCUGAGCAAGAUUUUUUUUCUUUUCCCCGACCCGCACUUUAAGACGCGCAAGCACAAAGCGCGCAUUAUUUCGUCUACAUUGCUAGCAGAGUACGCAUAUGUGCUUCGUCCUGGUGGAAUUAUUUACACUAUUACCGACGUGCGCGACUUACACGUAUGGAUGGUCAAGCACUUGGACGAGUUUUCACUUUUUGAACGCAUUCCCGACGACGCGCCGCAGCUGCAGAAUGACCCAUGCGUCGACGCAGUCACUUUUAGUACAGAGGAGGGUCGCAAGGUGGAACGUAAUGCGGGCGACAAGUACUUUGCCGCAUUCGUCCGCCUCGAGAACCCCGCCAUGGAAUAG